GAGCUUUUGUCCGACGAACUGGUUCCAUUUUCGUGGAGCAGCUAUUGCUACUGAGGAACUUCGUACUUGGAAUUUUUUCCAAGCUCAGUUCAGAAUAUCGAGGCAUCCUUCGAGGAAGGAAGGUGCACAUGGUGGAAUAGAAUGACUAUGAAGGAGCUGAGGCAUCAGAUCUUCAGAGAUGCAGAGUACUCGUAAGCCGCAGUCAAAAGGUUGUAAUGCGGAUGUACACCUUGGUCGACAUGGGAAUGGUCCUCAAGGUUCCCUCACUCCACUCACAAAUUCCUCGAUAACAUUGUGGGUCAAGCGUAGGAUAUUUACACUGCCACAGACGAAGGCUGGACUGAAAUCAGAAUUUGACGUAGGCUUCUUUGCAAUUCGAGGACUGGCCGAUAAAUGGUUACAAAUCGAGUGAAAAUACAUUCUGCUGCGUUUCCAUGACCCCUGCUUCCAUCGUUCACGCCCAUGCCCAACACUCUUCCAAAUCUCUCCUCAGUUUGUCAUUCAUGCUCGUCAGUGUACAUACAUAUAUGCUUCUAUGACUUUCUCGAUAAAAAUUCAACUGCUUUGACAGAAGGAUUGACAUGCUCAAAAUGGAGGCAGGUGGCGAUAGAAAUGCCGGGAGUCGCAGAAACAUUAGUAGAUCCAUGAAAUUGCAAAAAGCCUCGAAUUCUGCAGCUCGCUUCUCGGCAUGCGAAGACCUCGUCAUGACGUUCUGUCGAUCAUCAGUUGGCUUGAGAUGAGAGUUGGUCGGGUUGGGUUCCAUGGCCAGCAAGAGGUGGACGAAAAGCUACUGCUGGGAAAAGCUGCGCAAGCUCGACGUAGCGAGGGCUCUUCGUGGACUGAGGUACUCUCAUAAAGCUACUCUGAAUGGGUUUUUGAGAGAUCUCCGGCUGCUCGAAACUGAAACUAGGAUCACCGGCGAGCGCCUGCAGCAGUUCGUCAGGGAACAUAAGCCCAUCAUCAAUCUGAUUCUUUGCGGGGGUCUGCCAUUCGACAGCGAUGACGAAGCCAUGGGCAAGACAUGCGGUAAUGUACACAUUCGCAGCAAGGAUUCUGUCUUCUUGUCCCUCGGAUUCCACGUACAGCUCUGUGAAUGCUUUCUGCUGUCUGUGAUGGGGCAACCACGUGCUUGGAAAUCGAGUCUCAGGGAGAUUUCACUGGACGGAGCUUCGUAUAGUCUGUCUCAAGACGAGGUGGUGGCUCUAUGUGCGAAUUUGAGCUCUAAUUUAAACGUGCGAUCUCUAGACUUGCGAAAUCAGAAGAUUUUUCAUUCCAGAGAGGGCUGCAGACUUUUGGGGCAGGCAUUGAGAACCAACUCGACUCUGGAAAAGCUCUUUAUUUCGUCCGCCGACUUGACCAGCGAAGGUGUCGAACAACUCACCAAUGGCCUCCAGGGCGAUUCGAUUUCAAUUCUUGAGGUUCUCGACCUGGGAUUGAACCCGAAAAUCGCAGAUUCUGGAAUUCGUCAUCUUGCAAAGCUGCUGGUAUCCAAUAAAACUCUCAAGUGCCUGCAGUUGAAGCUAACGGGGAGCGGUUUUGAAGGUGCCAAGCUCAUGGCAUCUGCACUGCUACUGAACAGCACGUUGGAAUUUUUCUCGUUUGGAGGUAACAAAAUUACAGAGGUCGGGAUGACGCUGAUGCUUUCGCCACUGACCCCUGUCCCGACCAAUUCGGCAACUGGGCGGAGUAUCUCAGGGAUUAAGCAUUUGGAGCUAGAGGACAUGGAUCGCCUGGACUUCUCCGUCGGGGCUCUUGCCAUGAUGAUCACCAGGAACAAGAAGUUAGAGUCCUUGAACAUAUCCAGAGCUCCUAUCGAGGAAGAAGAAUGGAUGGAUCAAAUCAUUCCUGCUCUGUACCAGAACCGCACUUUGAAGUGCUUAGAUCUGAGGGGCUCCAACAAUCUGCCCUCUGAAGGUUUCUUCGACCUUGUGACAUCUGCGUCAAGCAAAACCGUGCUGGAACAUAUCGACCUGGCAGGAACGAACAUAUUUUCGAGAUCGGAAGUCCUCAACGACGAGCUGAAGCUAAACGGGGAAAUGCGAAGAGGAUCGAAAGCGAAGAGGAGAGUGAAGCUCAAGUCGGGUCGUUUCAUCCUGUGUGGAUACUCAUUCGCAGGAAAAUCUACCAUUUGCAGGUCCAUGAGAUACGUCGUCGAUGGUCCUCCAGCAUUUUAUCUGUGCAGUGUGGCUUGGCGAAAGUUUUUGAGAAAAUCUCCGCUGAUGCGAAAAGCCCUGUUUGGAACCUCUACACCCUCCGGAGAUGUUGACAACACGACUCGGGGAUGCGAUGUUGUGACGCUCAGGAGUGCAAUGCGCAGAAGCACAGACAUCGUUUGGGACUUCGCUGGCCACAAAGAGUACGAUGCUCUUCACAAUUACUUGUUUUCAAACUUUUCCAACUCUUGCUUUCUUUGUAUAGCUAGUGCCUUCGGUGACAUGCGUGCACGUGCACAGACCAGUCAGCGGCCGGGCUCUGAAUCCAGGCGACUCAAAGAGCAACGAGACAUUAAAGAAGAGCUAGAAUACUGGAUGCGCCUCAUAGCUUCAAGCUCCAGGCCGUCUCCGAGAAGUUCUCAACGCCCCGUCGUCAUGUUCGUUCUCACCAACGGAGAUGAACUGGAUCCGAGAAUCCUGCGAGAUGUGUCCCAAAGGACUGAAUCCGUCGUUGCUGAAAUGAGAGAGAGGUAUCAGUCAGUGGUAGACUUGCAGCAAGGUGUCAAGGUGAUAGAUUCUCAUAGCUGCAAGGACGUGCAAGAGCUCAUGACAGCGGCGCAGGAAACUUUGGCCAAAGUGUUGCAGAACUCUGCAGAGUUUGCUGUCUGUGAAGAAGUGCGCCUAGUGCUGGAAAACUGGUCGGCCAAGAGCGCAUCUAAGCCGAUUCUGCGGAUGGAAGAUUUCCAAACCUUGUGUGAGCGGGAGCUGAGAGGGAGAUUGAACCCUUCCGUCUUUGCAUCUGCCGAUCUGCAUACCGCGAGGGGCCAAAUCGCUGUGCUGAACAAACUGAACGACAACGGCGACAUAAUGUUUUCCAGCUCACUCGAUGUUAUCGUCGUGAAUCCAAAAUGGUUUGGCGGUGUUGUGCUAGGAUCGGUGUUACACUCACUUCGAGGAGUGCAGCAACGGCCUGGCAGAAAUGAAGGCAUUGUUGGGUUCUUCAGGGAUUGUCUGCACCCUGCAGGUCCAGAUGCGGUGGGACUCUACCAUGAGAAUGGCUUUGUCAGAGAAGGACAACUCAAGGAGAUAGCCGAUGGUAUGGAGCAUUUCUCGCACGCAGAGCUGUUGAAGUUGCUGAUCCAGUUAGAACUCUGCUUCGAAACAACGUCAGGGUGUGCAAAUGAGCUCCAGGAUAGUGCAGACACGCCCCACUCCGAAUCAUCUUGCGAGAUCAGGGAACAUGUCGACCUUUCGAAGAAGUUCUUCGUGCCUGCUGUGUUCGAUGACGACGCAGAGACUGCUGUCAUCGGCAGGCGACAGCUGAAUUGGAAUUCUACUAUGCACCGAAAAGACUUCUGCUACGACUACAUCGGCCGUCGAUUGGCAUGCGAUACCAACGACUUCACAGUUUUCAGCACUGGGUUCUUCCCAAGGCUGCAAGUGGCCUUGCAUAGCUACUUCAGGGAGAAGGGAUGGCUGGAGAAUCGCGGCUUCCGCAUGGAUAGAAAUCUCUUCGGUUUCUACGAGAACGGGGUGGAGGUGCUGGUCGAGUACAGCGGCGCCGUCGACUACUUCGUGGAUAUUCUCGUGAAGUCGUCGCGCUCUUCCACGUACACUGUCGAGUUUAUAAAUGUGCACGUGAUUCAGCAGAUUCGCCAGUUUUGUGCAUCGCCCCAGGGCUGCCCUGGAGUCCUUCUUGUAGAAUCUGUCAUAAGGACAGUCUGCGUCAAAGAGCUUCAUUUGUGUGUACAUCGGAAACACCAGGCCACCCCGGUCGAUGUCCUCCGCAGCCGGAUCCAGGAGCACGGCCUCGGCUACAAACACGCUUGGCGUGAGAGCCUCGAUCGUCAUAGCGAUGUGGACAAAGCCGUCGACUUGCUGCAAGGAGGACGAGGAGGGGACGGCUCAAAUACUCCAGUGACAGUGAGAGGUGAGCACCAUGAGAACGACUACCUGCUGAGGCAAAUUUCUACUGUGACAAAUUUCGAGAGUGCCUCGAUGGAUCAUGAUCAUGCCGCGGAAUGGGGCUCUGAAAAUGUGUACAGCAUGAACCCGAUUCCUUCGGUGGACGUGAGAGGAGGAUUUCAAUCAGAAUUUGAGAAUGCUGCUUCCAUUGUCGACCGCCCGAGUACGAGCACAUUCGGAAGGGAGCGUUUGCCUUCCCUCCUUUAUGCUUCGAUUGACGACGUUGGAUAUCUGCCGGCGAUCUGGGCGAAGGUCGAGGCAAAGAUGGCGGUGAAAAUACAUCUCAAGUGUGAGAGUCCACACGGUUCUCACGUCGUGCCCGACCAGCAGGGUAGAAUGUUGAAUCUGAGGAGGGGCGGCAAUUUCAUGGAGCACGUGUUGAUCUUUUUACGCCACGGACUGACAGGGAGUGCUCAAAUUGCCGGAAUGGAUGUAGAUGCGGGUUGGUUCAAUUCGCUGUUCGGCAGUAGUUCCAACAUGCCCAUAAAAAUCGAGCAUCUUCUCGAGCUCACGGAUCGACCCAAUCCAUCGGCACCCGCAUCGAACGAGGAGAUUUUGCACUCUCUCGAAACGUAUCUCAAGGUCGAACCGCCCACUCAGUGGCUCAGAGAUUUUCUGAACAUGGAUAAUGGGCCAGCAUUUCGGAAAGACUUCGACCUCUGGAAGAUGGAGGUUUCAGCCACAGACGACAUUGCUUGGGUGUGUAUCCAGCACUACAUAGAAUAUAUACGUGGCUGCAAUAAACUCCUUAGCCAAACAAGACAGAAAUCAGCAAUACGCUAGCUGUACAUGAACUCGACUUGCUUGAAUAGCGUCCACCACCGUCAUGAUAAGUUUCCGUCGAUUCACGUCUCAGGUCAUACAUGGGUCCAGCAGGCAGAGACAUGUACAUCACUCGACAAAUGCUUCACAUUUAGCGACACAGGCAGCUCUCCAAACAACGAUGGCAUUAGAUGGUCUCCUUCCAGAGAUAGUCCAAAAUGGGUAUUCACAUUCGCGAGAGAGGAGUUCAGAGAGACUCGCUGUCUUUGUCGUCAAGCAACUAAACGCUAGAUUCACUGUCGGAGGUGAGGAUGGAGAAACUCUUCAGAAACUUGUCAAUUGUACAUAUAUCGAGUUUAGGAUAGAACACUGCGCAAGAGUCUGCUGCAGAUAUGUCCAUGCAAUUUUGUCUGCACCGCGUAGAGCGUUGUACAAAUGUAAGUCUAACUUUGUAACAAAUCUAGAUCGGUGGCCGAUGCGGCUCCCAAAUCUCUACUACAGAACGUCCUGUCAUUCGAAAUGUGGU